AUGCUCAGCGGGAUACUGCUCUUCAAUCAGAAGGGCGAGAACCUGAUAUUUCGAGCGUUUCGACCAGACUGCCGCCCAAGACUCGCAGACAUCUUCCGGAUACAGGUCAUCUCCAAUGCCCAAGUGCGGUCCCCUAUACUCACCCUUGGCUCGACUACAUUCAGCCAUGUCAAGCAUGAGAACAUCUACAUCACAGCGGUGACGAAGAGCAACGCCAAUGCGGCCAUUGUCUUUGAGUUCCUGUAUCGCUUCAUCAGUCUUGGGAAGGGCUACUUCAGCAAAUUUGACGAAGAUGCCGUGAAGAAUAACUUUGUGCUCAUCUAUGAGUUGCUUGAUGAGAUCCUGGACUUUGGCUACCCACAGAACACUGAUGUCGACGUGCUGAAGAUGUACAUCACGCCCGACAACCUCUCGUCCGCCAUCCGCUCCGUCUCUGCCCCGUCCAGCGACACCUCUCGGAUCACCAUGCAAGCAACCGGCGCGCAAUCCUGGCGACGUGGCGACAUCAAGUACCGCAAGAACGAGGCGUUUGUCGAUGUGAUCGAAGACGUCAACCUGCUCAUGUCUGCUACAGGGACAGUCCUUCGUGCCGAUGUCACUGGGCAGAUCGUGAUGCGUGCUUACUUGACCGGCACGCCCGAAUGCAAGUUCGGCCUCAACGACCAGCUGCUCGUCGGCAGCAUUACGCAAAACGGGAAUGCGCUCGACUCCGGCCCUGUCGGCAAUGCAGACGGCAAGCGAAAAGCAACUCGCGCGGCUGCCGGUUCAGUCACGCUCGAGGACUGCCAGUUCCAUCAAUGCGUACAACUCAGCAAGUUCGAUUCAGAUCGCACCAUCAGCUUUGUGCCACCGGACGGAGAGUUCGAGCUCAUGCGCUAUAGAGCCACAGAGAAUGUCAAUCUUCCCUUCAAAGUCCACGCCAUCGUGAAAGAAGUCGGCACCACCAAAGUCGAGUACUCCGUUGCGGUAAAGGCCAACUACGGCAGCAAACUCUUCGCCACCAACGUCGUCAUCCGCAUUCCCACACCCCUGAACACAGCCAAGAUCAGCGAGCGGACUACGCAAGGCAAAGCAAAAUACGAGCCCGAGUCGAAUUGCAUUGUCUGGAAGAUCGCCCGCUUUGUGGGCGGGAGUGAGUUCGUGUUGAGUGCGGAGGCACAAUUGACCAGCAUGACAAACCAGAAGGCGUGGAGUCGGCCGCCGCUGAGCAUGAAUUUCAGCUUGCUGAUGUUCACGAGUUCGGGGCUGCUGGUGAGGUACUUGAAGGUGUUUGAGAAGGGAAAUUAUAGCAGUGUCAAGUGGGUGAGGUACAUGACGAGGGCAGGAAGUUAUGAGAUACGGUUCUGA